AUGAAUAUUCUGCGAGUAGCAUGUCGCUCCUUUCACUGCUUGCGCUGCGGUUCACUGCUCAAUGAGAAUAAAGGAUGGUCGUCCAAGAAAAUUAUUAAACUGAUCAAUAAAUCGAGUUUAUCUAACAAAGAAUUUACAGGAAAAGUACGAGAUAAUGUUAAAGAGAUUCCUGAGUGGAAAAAACAGAAAAUGGCUAUAAGAAAAAAGUUGCAAGGCCAAAGAUGGAACCCAUCGAAAAAGAUAUCUCAAGAACAGAUGGAGGCUUUAAGACUAUUAAAAUUCAACUUCCCGGAACUGACAGCAUCCGAUCUUGCAGACCGAUUCAAGAUAUCUCCUGAGGCUGUUAGAAGAAUUUUGAGAUCUAACUGGAAGCGUACUGAUGAGGAAAAUAAUGACGCUCACGAAAGAUGGAAAAGAAGAGGAUUACGAAUAAAAGAAAUGUAUCAAAAAAACGAGAAUAUGGAUCAUGUAGCCAACCAAAUUGUGACUGGCAGAAAGCUCAUACUCGGGUCCAACACAAAUUCAUCUGAACUAAUAGCGAAGAGUGUCCGCACUUUUAAACCUUUCAAGCACAAUAAUGGUAUAUCUGAAAAGAAAAGCACGAACAAACUGUACAUUUUAAAGCAUCUGUCCCCAAAAAAAUAA